AGCCCUGGGAGAGCCCGAGGCGCACCUCACUGUGUCUCUCACCGUCUUUUGCAGAUGGACCUGUGGGCGUGGAGAGCGUGUGCACGGGCCGUGUUCCCGCCGGCGGAGAAGGCUGCCUGCUGAGCCGGGGCGUGUCUCCAGGAGGCUGCCCGGAUCCCCACCGCACCGCCAUGGGGCGCCCAGGCUGACCGGCCAGUGCCUGCUGGAGGGAGGCUCCUGCUGCCGUCCGGGGAGACCAUGUCCAGGUCCCCAGACUGUCUGCCGUGGCUGCUCCGGAGCACCCCGAGCCAGCGGGGCUGCACCCUGUUCAUCAUCGGCUUCAAGUUCAUGUUCCUGGUCUCCGUCAUGAUCUACUGGCACAUCGCGGGGGAGCCCAGGAGCCAAGGACGCUUCUCUAACCUGCCUAUCGACGUCCCCUGCCCCGACCUGGCGCCCCCCACGCGGCGCCCCAGCGCCCCACCUCCGGGCAACAUCUUCUUCCUGGAGACCUCAGACCGGACCGCCCCCAGCUUCCUGUUCAUGUGCUCGGUGGAGUCGGCCGCCAGGGCGCACCCCGAGUCCCGGGUGGCGGUCCUGAUGAGGGGGCUGCCCGGCGGCAACGCCUCCCUGCCCCGGCACCUGGGCUUCUCGCUCCUGCGCUGCUUCCCCAACGUGCAGAUGCUGCCGCUGGACUUCGAGGAGCUGUUCCGGGACACGCCGCUGGCGGCCUGGUACGUGGCCGCGCGGCGGCGGUGGGAGCCCUACCUGCUGCCCGUGCUGUCCGACGCCUGCCGGCUGGCGCUCCUGUGGAAGUUCGGGGGCAUCUACCUGGACACGGACUUCAUCGUCCUCCGGAGCCUGCGGAACCUGACCAACACGCUGGGCACGCAGUCCCGCUACGUCCUCAACGGCGCCUUCCUGGCCUUCGAGCGCCGCCACGAGUUCCUGGCGCUGUGCAUGCGGGACUUCGUGGCCCACUACAACAGCUGGAUCUGGGGCCACCAGGGCCCGCAGCUGCUCACGCGCGUCUUCAAGAGGUGGUGCUCCAUCCGCAGCCUGGGCGAGAGCCGCGCCUGCCGGGGCGUCACGGCCCUGCCCUCCGAGGCCUUCUACCCCAUCCCCUGGCAGAGCUGGAGGAAGUACUUCGAGGACGUGGGCCCCGAGGAGCUGCCCCGGCUGCUCAGGGGCACCUACGCCGUGCACGUGUGGAACAAGAAGAGCCAGGGCACGCGCCUCGAGGCCACGUCCCGGGCGCUGCUGGCCCAGCUCCACGCCCGCUACUGCCCCACGACGCACAAGGCCAUGAGGAUGUACCUGUGAGGGGCCGCCUGCCCGCACCCAGCACCCGGUGGGGAGAGGCGCCCGCCACCCUUCCUCCUGGGGAGGCGAGGUGGGGGGCGGGGCACAGGUGGUCUCUCUGAGAGGUGUUGUUGGAGGGCUCUGUUCCCUCGGACCCACGGUGAGGCUGGCGGGACACCCGGCGGCCAGCCAGCGUGCUGUCUCUCAGGGCAGGGGAAGCAAGCCGGGGUGCAGGGCCCCCAGCCAGAAUCAGCUGGAACAACCCAGGAAGGGGUGGGUGGGGAGCACCCUGGGUCUGCUGGACAACACGUGGAAGCUGGGAACAUGGAAGCGUCCCCCAGGCAUUCUGGGGCAGCCGGGUGUUUGGGGUCCCAGGUGGCGGUGGUGGGAGCAGCCUCGGAGGAGCCCAGGGCAGGAGGAAGGCAGGCAGAGCCCCCAGAGGGGCUCGGGGGCCGCUGUGGGGGGGGAGCAGCGGGCAAACUCGGCUUCCAGAGCCCGGGGUGGGGCCCGGCUCUCCCGGUUCUGGUUUUUCUCAGGCUGAGGCUGGCACAGCCGGCCCAGGGAGCACUUGGGGGGAGGCCCCUCGUGCGUGCCCGCCCCGUCCUUCUUUCCACAGAUGUCACCAGGGUGACAGCUGCCUGCUCCAGGGGCACAGGGGUGUGGAGUAUUUUUGGCUUGGGAAAAGCAUUUUAAAGGAAAUACUCCCACCCUGCUGUUAAUAAACGAAAAGUAACCUAACAG